AUGCGGCGCGCCAGCCGAGACUACACCAAGUACUUGCGCGGCUCGGAGGAGCUGGGCAGCGGCGCCGCCCACGAGAGCGCCCCGCCGCCGCCGCCACCGCCGCCGCUGCCGGCACACCCGCACCCGCCGCCCGCCUCCCGCUCCCUCCUCGCCGCCCUCGUCCUCCUGGGGCUGGGGCAGGUGGUCUGCAGCGUCGCCCUCUUCCUCUACUUCCGAGCUCAGAUGGACCCUACUAGAAUUUCAAAAGAACAUGCACACUGUGUCAGAACACUUUUUGGUCAUCAAGAAAGUACAGAUUUACAUGAUGCAUCCUUUGAAAGUCAAGAAAUGAAGUUGAUGCCAGAAUCAUGUAGAAAUAUGAAACAGGCUCUCCAAAGGGCUGUGCAGAAGGAAGUCCAGCGUGUCAUGGGAAGAACGUCACCAAGACCAGAAAAAGCUGCGAUGGAGGCGUUAGGACUUGAACUGUACAAGAGAAACAAACCUGAGAAGCAGCCGUUUGCCCAUCUCAUUAUUGAUGAUAAGAAUAUUCCAUCUGGAACCCGCAAAGUGAACCUCACAUCCUGGCAUCAUGACAAAGGCCAGGCAAACUUAUCAAAUAUGACAUUCAGUGAUGGAAAACUAAUUGUUAAUCAAGAUGGCUUUUACUACCUGUAUGCCAAUAUUUGUUUUAGACAUCAUGAAACUUCAGGAAACUUGACUAAAAGAGUGCUUCAGCUGAUGGUAUAUAUGAUUAAGACAAAUCUUAAAAUAAAGCGCUCUGAUGUGUUGAUGAAGGGAGGGAGCACCAAAUACUGGUCAGGAAAUUCAGAAUUUCAUUUUUAUUCUGUAAAUGUAGGAGGAUUUUUUAAAUUAAAAUCUGGUGAAAUGAUAGGUAUCCAGGUAUCAAACCCAUUGCUACUGGAUUCGUCACAAGAAGCAACUUAUUUUGGAGCAUUUAAAGUUAGGGAUUUAGAUUGAAUCUUUCUGUAGCGUGCUGAAAAUUGUUUGAGUUUGGAGUUGUCCAGAAACAACUUGAAGACAGAACUGAAAAUCUUCUGGAACCCAAUUACAUCUAUAUAAGCCAUAUAUCUCUAAACACGUUUUUGUCCUGUGCUGGCUCCAGUGGGAGUCCCACAAAUGUAUGGAAGGGCAAAAUUACACAGUUCUCCUGAUUUAGUCUUAUAGCAGUUUUACUUCAUUUGUUUCCACUGGCUUCAGUAGACUCAUUAUGCUGUUUACAUUGGUGUAGUUGAAAUCAAAAAAAUUAGUAUUAUUGAACUUCUGUUUCCAAGUUCUGCUCUGACUUUUUAACCUGUGCUGUCCUUAUUAGUUCUGGUGCAAACAGGGCAGGGCAGACCUUGGCUCCCAGCUUGCAUUUGAGGACUCCAUUUUGCUUGGGGCUGAGUGUUCUGACCCUGAGACAGCAAAGAUUAUUAAAGUAGGACUAAUCCCAUUGCAUUUGAUGUGACUUUUCACAUCUUGAGUUAGACCUGUAUUUGCAUUGCUGGAUCAGGGUUGGAGAGUUCAGACCAUGGCAGAAAUGAGUUGCAGAACAUCUAAACAGUUCAACUUAGGUUUUGCCUGAUAAAAAGGGCCAUUCCAGAAAGGAGAUCAUCUGGCCCUGCAGUUCUAAAAGGUUAAUUACAGGAUAUUUUAUUAUUGUUGCACAGUCAAUUGCAAAUAUAGAUUGCCAAAAUACAGUGUGCCUUUGAAGUAUUACGUUGUGCCAGAA